CAAAAGGGGAGAUGGGGAGCGAGGACCUGUUGGGAACAGGUAAUUAACAGGAUGCUCCGGGUGAGGAGGCCAGUGUGACAUUUUGGGGGUUGAGUUGAGUGAAAACCAGUGUUUGAGGGGUUGACUCGGGAAACUGCUUACUCUAGAUUGAGAGCGUUAGUUGACUAGGAAUCUCAGCUGAGUAAAGGUUGGAUUGAGAAAUGCUGAGAUGUACGUGGCCACAACCUAGAGUUGAGGGUUCAGCUUGGAGUGGUGUAAAAUGAGGGAAGGUAGUGUUAAACGUGGGCAGUGUGUGUUGUUGAGUUAUACUGAUCAGGAAGGAAAAUUCUUAAAAGAUAACACUGGGGAGACAAACUGGAAGAACUGGUGUGUACUGAAAUUCAUAAUUUUAAAGGGGUUGGAAUAAUCUGUUACUGCUUUGGGCUCUCCCAAGAUCCACCUCCUUUUUCAUGCAGUUUCUGUUUCUGAAUGACUUACUGAAUGCUUUUGGUGACUUUUCUCCUUUUACAAACCGCAAAUGAAACCCAGGGAAUAAGGACUGUUCUACCCAGCCUAUGGAUUUACUAAGUAAUUUUGAGGCAAAUUGUUACAGUCUCAUUUUUUUCCCCUUCGAAAUAUAGGUUUGGUCAUUGUCAGCCUCUAAAAGAUUGUGUUAACCAAAUGGGGUCUUUUUUAAGUUUUACUUAUUGAGAGAGAGACAGAGAGAGAGAGGAAGGAGAGAGAGAAACACCAAUUUAUUGUUCCACUUAUUUAUGAUUCUUGUAUGUGCCCUCACCUGGGAUCGAGCCUAUAACCUUGGACAUGUUGGUAGGACGCUCUAACGCAUCCAGCUACCAGGGCUGGACUCCCAAAUGGGAUCUUUAAAGUGGUUAUAAAGAAGUGCUCUCUGAAAACAAGGUUGAGAUACUGAUGUUUAGAAGACAUGUCUUUCUUGUCAGCCUUGCUGCAUUUCUUUGCUAAGGAAGAGUUGGUGAUUUGAUACAUGCCCACUUUUUAAACUUUUCUCAGCCUCAACUUUUAGUAGCCAUAAAUUUCAUGUGAUUGUAUUACAUUGUGUUGGCUACCACCAAGGUAGAGAUAAGGAAGUUAGAGUUGGGGCGAAUGAGAUCUGUUGAUGGAGAAUAGGGGAGAAUGCAGUCUAGCCACCCAGAAUACUUUUCUCUUUAAAAAAAAAUUAUUUUUUCAUUUUUCAAUUAUUUUACUCUUGACAAACACUGACUUUCCUCAUGAUCUCUUUGAAAAUUCACCAAAGUAUAAUAUUUUAGAUAGUUGAACCUUUUUAUUUUGGUCCAUUCACUUUGGUCCUGUUGCCAGUUGGAGACCAGUGUGCUUGUGAACAAUUUUAACUUUAUUGUUAAUCCUUUGAAAUCUGGACUGUUUUAGCUUUUCCUUUGGCCAUAAUACCCUAAGUACUUUGCCCAUAGGUGAACUUGUUUAGCUUAGAAGUGUUCCUGAAAGUCUUGGCAUUUCUGAAGUCUGACGUGGAUUUGCUUAAGAGGGGGCAGUUUCCAAUUCUAUCUCACACUUGAUAUCAGAGUAGUGUUUACCUUAGUUGAUACUGAUUAGUUAUGUGAUGUCAGCACAAAGGUGAAAUGCAGGGGAAGGGAAGUGUUGAGAACAGUGGUGUUUUCAGGUUUUAGUUUUAAAAAGGCAAGAGAGGAAUCCUGUUCCUAUUAAAGAGAAAAUUGUUGGGUGUUUUUUCUUGACUUCUUGGGCUCUUUGAUUGGGAGAGUAACCAGUUGUACUUGCAUCUGUUUUCCUAUUGCUGUUGAAGUAAUUCUGAAAAGCAUGGCCUGCAGGCUGUUUCAGCAAACCAUAGUCUUCAUACUAACUCCAGGAAGAGCUGUGUGCUAUGAAGUAUGUACACUGACUUGAGAGUAAAAACCUGCUUAAUAUUUUGUUAUCAUUUCAAUCUACAGUGUGUCUUUUUGGUUUGUUUUAAAGAAGGGUUUGAAUCAGUUAUGGGGGCUCAGAGCUUUGGGAAGUCUGGUAUAGCCUGCUUGUUUAACAUAAUGAUUUUCCAUUUUUUUCCUGUCCUUUUAGGUUUUUCCAUUGCUCUGCUUGAGUCAGUCCUAAGUGGAAACGGCAAAUUACAUAUUUUUUUCCUCCUUUUUAGUCUCUGGUGGACAUCUUGUCUGUGUCACAGUGUGAUACCACCAAAUUGAAAGGAUUCUUGACUGCUUCACAUGGGGUGGGUGACAGAAGCUGAGCUGGGUUUCCUGGGCCAGAGAAUGGACUCUGUCAAAGCAAAGAAUAGUUGCAGAAACACAAACCGGGAUCUUGAAGCUGUGACUAACAUUUUGGCAACAUACUUCCGUUUGCCAAAUAACUUCUUUUCUUCUUGAGUGUGAUUGUUGAUCUCCUUCUCAAAGUAGGCUCUUGUUGCUACUGUUCUUCACACAACUGCCGAGCAGAAGUUGGCAGAGUUCUGGUUGACUGUCUCUUGAGGGACAUGCCCCGGAUUAGAGUAGAUGGGGUGUUCCAUGUCAAAAUGAGGUUCAUUGGCAGAUCCUGAGAGCUGCUCUGCAAGGAAAUAGAGGCAGUACUCUUCACUGAAUGUCUUAUACUAAUAUCUUUUUUCUAAAUUCAGAUCUGUUUCUUAUUCAUCUAGUGAUUAAAUGCAGAAUCAUUGCCUUUGUCUAGCUUUGAAAGUCCAGGGUAUUGAGGAAGAGAGAGAGAUUCCCGCAAUUUCCCCCCCCUCCACACUUACUACCAAGCCUUUGAGCUUGGGGAACCACAGGCCAAAUUCAUGGGCACUGCUUGGUAUGUUAUAGAAGGGUAUUUAAAAUGCUGCGUAGAACUUUAUGGAGAAAAACGAUGUCAGUAGGGAAAAAGGUGAUAAGUUUGCUAAUGCCUGUGUCAGUUUAGAUUUUGGCUUAACAUGUGGAAAGAGCCUGUGGAAGCAAAUAAGUUAUCAAAUGGAGCCAGGAAUUGGCUUUAACUUGCCACUUAGGCUUGGCAAAGUUAUAACAAUUUAGAAUGACUAUACUGAAUACUUUGUUCUACUUAGUAAAUGCUCUUUUCAGUAUGUUCUACUUAGUAAAUACCCUUUUGUUUUUCAGGGGAUAAUUACUUGAACAUAAUAGUGUUUCCGAUAGGUCUUGGGAUGGAUUAUGAAGAUCAUUUCUUGCGAUAUAUGACAGUGGUUCUUGUAAGUGGAGAGCCCAAGACAAAUCCUCUCUUUGGUGGCCCUGGAUUCAACUUUCUCAUACCGUCAUUAGUCCAGCAUAUUCUGUUCCUGAUAUGCAGGUAUAUGAGUGACCUAAAGCUGCAAAUUAAGACGGAGAGAGAGCAGUGCCAACUGCGAGCAGGGCAAGGAUGCCAAUUCCUCCUCCCCCUCCACCCCCUCCUGGUCCUCCUCCACCUCCCACUUUUAAUCAGGGAAACACAGAGCAGCCCAAGCUGAGUAGAGAUGAGCAGCGGGGUCGAGGCGCCCUCUUACAGGACAUCUGCAAAGGGACCAAGCUGAAGAAGGUGACCAACAUUAAUGAUCGGAGUGCUCCUGUUCUCGAGAAACCCAAAGGAAGCAGUGGUGGUUAUGGCUCUGGAGCAGGUGCCAUGCAGCCCAAGGGAGGUCUCUUCCAAGGAGGAGUGCCGAAGCUUCGACCUGUGGGAGCCAAGGAUGUUUCAGAGAACGUAGCUGGUAAGCCAGCCCUGCAUGUCCCCAGUUCUCGAGCUGCUGCCCCAAGGCCUCCAGUGUCUACAGCCUGUGGGCGCCCUCAAGAUGAUACAGACAGUGGCCGAGCCUCACUCCCAGAACUGCCUCGGAUGCAGAGACCUUCAUUACCGGACCUCUCUCGGCCUAAUACCACCAGCAGUACAGGCAUGAAGCACAGUUCCUCUGCCCCUCCUCCACCACCUCCAGGGCGUCGGGCUAAUGCACCCCCUGCACCUCUGCCUGUGCACAGCAACAAAGCCCCAGCCUACAACAGAGAGAAACCCUUGCCGCCCACACCUGGACAAAGGCUUCACCCUGGUCGAGAGGGACCUCCUGCUCCACCCCCAGUCAAACCACCUCCUUCCCCUGUGAAUAUCAGAACGGGACCAAGUGGCCAGUCUCUGGCUCCUCCUCCUCCGCCUUACCGCCAGCCUCCAGGAGUCCCCAAUGGACCCUCCAGUCCCACUAAUGAGUCAGCCCCUGAGCUGCCACAGAGACACAAUUCUUUGCAUAGGAAGACACCAGGGCCUGUCAGAGGCCUAGCACCUCCUCCACCCACUUCAGCCUCUCCUUCUUUACAGAGUAAUAGGCCACCUCCCCCAGCCCGAGAUCCUCCCAGUCGGGGAGCAGCUCCUCCACCCCCACCACCCAUGAUCCGAAAUGGUGCCAGGGAUGCUCCCCCUCCCCCACCACCGUACCGACAUGGGUCAGAACCUCUGAGCAGGGGAAAGCCCCCACCUCCGCCUUCAAGGACGCCAGCUGGGCCACCACCUCCUCCUCCGCCACCCUUGAGGAAUGGCCACAGAGAUUCUAUUGCCACUGUUCGAUCUUUCUUGGAUGAUUUUGAGUCAAAGUAUUCUUUCCACCCAGUAGAAGACUUUCCUGCUCCAGAAGAAUAUAAACACUUUCAAAGAGUAUAUCCCAGCAAAACAAACCGAGCUGCCCGUGGAGCCCCACCUCUGCCACCCAUUCUCAGGUGAAGCCUGGCUUGGUCCUGUUUCUCAGGAAAAGGAUGGACCCUCUCCUCUUCUCAGAUGGUCCCUUCCACUCCCCUGAAGCCUGCAUGAGAACUCCUAUGUGUUUCUCCCGUGCACCCAACCUCUAGACUCCAAGCGUCCUCCCAGCUCACCUCCAUCUAUGCAUCUUGUCUUCUGGACUUGGUGAUUGGACUCUUUAUAUUGACAGUAGGGUCUCACACCCUGCAUCCAUCCCUCCUCUAGCAAUCCCUGCUAGCCAGAUGAGGGAGACGCUCCCAUGUUGCCUGCUUUCCUCGUGGUGAAAGGUGCCUUGUUGUGAUGAAUUAACUCAUUGUUAGGGCAGGGCGGAGAAUGGUACUCCUACCUCCUCCUUCCCACUUUGGGGGAAGCUUGGCGGGUAUAUUAUAUUUCAUCAUUUAGGAGGCUGACAUGGCCAGGACUGGGGAGGGGUGGGGACAUUUUUAGUGAAACAGGAAAGGAAUUUGCAGAGAAGUGAUCUGUUUUAAAGGUCAAGUUUGGAGAAAGGGCAAAGGAAUGGGUCUGCUUUAUUUUUAGGGGUAUUUUGGUUUUGCUCCUACCCCACCCCAUACCCUCACUCCAGGGAUAAGUUGAAUAUAAACACUAAAUACUAAUCAGUUGAACUAAAUAUCUAAUAAAAAUAGAGGGUACGAUAAACUGGGGAGACUUUUAGUGCUAGUCACUUCCUCUGCAGCAAAGGGACCAGGAGCCAUCUGGGACUCCCUGCCCCAUUUCCUUAGGGUGCUGAGGCUGAGGGAUGUUUUUCCUCCCCCUCCACCUAGACCCUCAAGAGAAAAGUCACUUUUGUUCAUUCCGUAUUCACAAACCCCAAAAACUUCCAGUGGGAGAUAAGAAGAUAGGGCCAGGGUCUUGGCCUUAACCUUGACCUUGAGUCCACCUCAGUCUUUUCUGACUGGCCCUGAAGGACACUGGCCCUUUCAGUCCUGUCCAGAAACUACACCCCCUGAUGGGUGCUCCAUGAUGACAAAGAAGGGAAGGGCGAAGCUUGUUGUAGAGAUCACAGCCCACUAACUGAAAAACUCUUCCUAUUCUUUUCUCCACCACCCUUGCCUUUCCAUGACUGCAGGGGUGAACAGCGGAGUAGAGAAGGGUGAGGAAGCUUAUCGAUGUUGUCAGAGAUUCCUCUGUGCCAAGAAGCACAAAGACUUUGGUGAGACGUGUCUCACCCCAGUUAUCAUCUUUGGCAGCCAGCAAUAUGUUGUUUCUUUGUCUUCCAGGUCCUAGUUAAAGAACACAGGAAAAAUGGAGGUUCCCAAUCUAGACAGGAGCUAAGCUUGGAUGAUGGGACAGGGACUUUCCCUUUGACAGCAGAAUAGAGCCCCUGGGCUCCACACACAGGUGGUUUGACCUGUUAUUGCCAAGUGCAGAGUCUACUCAAAGCUUGGAGUAAGAGCAGGGAGGCCAUGGUGAUUCCUCAAAAUGGUUAGGGAAUGUCAAAAAAUUUUACCAGAUACAUCACAGGCUUGAACUACCUUAGGGACCUUUCCAGUCUGUUGGAUCAUAGACUAAGGAUCUGUGCAAGGUGCUGGAUGAGACCCAAGUCUUCCCAAUGAUAGAAGAGAGAGGAGAGGGUUCAACUUGGGUUAUUUGUAUGAGAUCUGCUAUGCUUUGUCAUCUCCUGGACCACAUUGACUCUCGGGACAAACUGAUUAGGUCUGUCAUCAAACUUUUUCUAAUCAUUAUCACUCUUAUUUUCAAACCUAUUAGUAGUUAUCUCCCAGCAAUAUUCCUGGCAUCCUGAAGUGAAUAGAGCCAAGAGAGGGCACGCUUGUGGAGGGAAAAGGAGAGAGUACAAGAGUAGAUCCUGCAGGAGAGUUCCAGGGUAGAUGCUGACCAGUUACUUAACUUGGACUGUGAAGUCUUCCCAUUUAUUUUUGAAAUGGGAGUUGAUGCCUUUUGUACAAUGUUAUCAAAAUGUAUUUUUUUCCCUUUCCUCAAACAUAGAGCAUCAAAAUAAGUAUCACAAGUAAAAGCCAAACCCCAGCUUUUCAUUGGGGCUGAUAUCUUCCUCCCCUAUGACCAGCUACCCCUCAUAUUCCCCAGCAUUUGGACUGUGUCACAUGGGUAUUGAUGUAUAUUCAUUUUCUUGGCCUCAUGAAAAAAGGCCUGGGCCUAGAUCUAGUCAGAUGCAUUUUCUUUAGCGCAUGUUGGUGACACAGUACUUAUUUAAAUGUCUUUGCCUUAUACAUUAUUUGGUCCUUCUGUUAAUAACAGAUUUAUUAUCAUGUAUAUUUACUAUUGAAGAAUGGGAAUGUGAUCUAUUUUGUAUGUUGUAAAAAGCUUGUAAUAUAGAUUGAAGGUGGGCUGGCUGCAAGAGCACUAAAACUUCUCACCUUUUAAACUGUUCUUUUUAUCUGCUUAUGGGAAUGUCGUCUCUUCAGUGAAAGAUUGGGUGGUCUCAUGUUGAGGCUAUUGCCCAGUACCGUUAGCCCCCUUAUCCCCUCCCAGAAGAAGAAGACAUUGCCCAACUAUAAGCAUCAGGAAGCUGUGUUAAAAGCCCUUGUGUGGGUUUGGUUUUAUGAUGUUUUUCUCUAGUGGGGAAAACUUAAUACUGUAGUUGUUUCUUACCGCCCUUUCUGGGAAGCAGGGCAGUGGCCUCCAGGUUUUCAAAUGAGCUAGAUGCCCCUCUUCCCCCCCUUCUCUGGUUACCAAACCUGGAUCAAAGAACUUUGAUAUUUCAGGUGUGGUUUUCUCUAUUGUGGGGAUUUCCUCCAACAACAGAGCCCUAUCAUUUUCACAGCCUGGGUCCACAGAGAGAGCGUCUAGGGCUACCCCACCCAGUGGAUGUGAAGCUGCUGUCUCCAGAAAUUCAUCCCAGCCCUCCCAGCUGGCUAUUGCACUGGGGGCACUCCUCACCCCACAGCUUCCCAACUUGAAACCCAGAUUUACCUCCAGGGAGAGGUGAGAAAAAAUUGUAAAUAGACUUGCUACAGAGCAACUCAGGUUGGGGUGUGUUUUAAUUCUCCUGAUCACUUGAAAUAAUCUGUAGGCUGAAUGCUUAUGGGAGUGGGGAGAAGUGUGACUCCAGGGUCUUUCUGAAGCUCGGGGGGUGGAGUAUAGGGCAUCUGAGGCCCUUUGAUGGCACUACACUGAGCUGUCUGUCCUUCUGGAAACCCAACCUACAAUCAACUGCAAAUCAAAUUCUUCACAUUCCAGUUGUAGUUUCUUUCCCUAUUAAAUCUCAGUUCCUGACUAUGUAGUUAGGGUAGCUUUAUUUAAGCCACCCUAACUUAGGGAAUAGAAGGCAUUACAACUCUGCCUUCAAGAUUCAUCAAAAUGAAACAAAACUACAACCACCUUCAAAAUGUAUACAAAAAGAAGAAUAAUUGUUUAACCGAAGGAAGGGUUUGGUUCCAUUCAACUCCACGUUCAUUGUGCCUUUACUUGUGUUAGAUUUCUGUGCUUUCUUCCUCUCUCCCUCUUUGAAGCAAUUAAAAUCUUCCUUGAUAACUUCUGUUUCCUUUUUCUACUCUUGUUUCUAAUAUCUUAGUGGGUUCCCUAAUUGUCUUAAAUCUCAUUUUACUGAUGCUGCGCAGAGGGGCCAAGCCUACUUUUCUCAUAUCUGUCUUUCCUUAUUUCCCAAGACGACGACCAUGGAAGUCAUAGUCAACACUGAAUAAAAGACUAGAAUGACAUGUAUGAAGAGUGUGUGUAUGUAUGUGUCCAUCUUUGUCUGCAUGUGGAUCAGUUCCUUUUCUUUAAAAAAAAUAAAUUAUGAUUUAUUUUGGAGUUAUACUCUGAUUACAGUGCUCCCUCUCCCAGUUAGCAUUGAUUUUUUUCCAUCCCCCUCUGAGAUGUAUAAUCUGGUCUCAGGUUGGAUUCUUUGGUACAUUUGUUUCUCCUAGAUGCCAUGCGGUUUAAUUAAAUCUUGCUUAAAAACAAAACAAAAAAUUGAAAACUGUACUCUUGUCUGUAUACCGCCUCCUGUGGUAGCGUAGAGAGAGGAGAAAACCUGUUUCCUUGUGUCCCAGGUUGUGUAGUGUUUUGACUCCAGGUCCUCUGAGGAAGUAGAUACACUGACUUGGGCAGAAGCAUCUGCAGCUUGUUAAGGGGUUUUCUUUCCUCCCCUCCUGCUAUAUUUUGAAAAUCACAGUUCUAGGUAGCCAUGCUGACUGGAUGAUUCUGAUAGAGUUGGUCAUUAUUUAUGUUUGCCGCCAACUCCCCUUUGCUUAUGAUUUCAGGAAACCCAGAACACCUUCUGGCCUUGUGUCCUUUCUUUAUAUCCUUUAUGAUUCUUUCUGCCUGUGUUACACAGCAGAUUCUCACACUGAACUUGGAAGAAAAGGUGGGGGCAGAGCAUGUAGACUGUGUGUGUCUGUUUUUAUGUGGGUGUUGGCUGUUUUUCCUCACUGCUUUUUAAGUUGAAAUCUUAGCUGGCUUUCUUGAACUUUGACUUUAGGUGUAAAAAUUAAACCAGACAGUCUCUGCUUACUGUGGUCAGCUGACAUCACACUAAGACUUAUUGAGCUUAACUUGUACUUUCACCACUAGCAAAGGUCUUGAAAUUGUUUCCCAUACUGAUUCCAUAAUGGGUGUGUGAAUGAAUCACUCUCACAUAAUUUAGAUAUCAAAACCUAUGAGGGUGAGGGCGGGGGAGGGCUCCUUUUAUUUUCAUCCAUACUUGCCAAAUUGGCCUCAUUCCUGAUUAUUUGACCCAUCAUUGUUGUUAAUAUGAUUAAUAAACUACCUAUUUAUUGA